UAAUGGUGGUCAUAGUUCUUGGAGCUUAGCGGUGAAAAUUUGUGCAUUUUGUGUUUUGAUUGUCCAAUAAUCGAAGAAAGUGGCAUCGCUUGGUGUAAUUAGUGUUCAAUAUAAGAUUUCGCUCAAAAUAAUAAAAAGUUAAUAAAAAAUAGUUUUAUCGCGGUGUGUGUGCAAUAAUAAUCAUGUUACUAUUUCGAUUUUAUUUGUUGGUCUUUUUGGUGGUGCUUGCGAUUUGGUGGCCAAUCAAGUUUUUAGUCAGUUGGUUUCUGUACAAAAGACGAGCAACAAAGUUGACGAAAAAUAUUUUAAAAAUUGAUGACUAUCCGCUCGUUGGAUGUGGUUUUCGUUUUAUGGGAAAAAAUAAUGAAGAAAUUUUGGAUACACUGAAAGAUCUAUGCAAUAAUAAAACCCCAUUCGUCGGGUGGUUUGGUCCACAAAGCUUCGUUGUGAUUGAUCAUCCAGAUGAAAUACAAACCGUUAUGAAUGCUAAGGGAUGCAUAGAAAAGAGUUUACUUUAUAAUUUUUUCAAUCGAGGCAUUGGUCUAUUUGCGGCUCCAGCUGCAAUUUACAAAGUACAGCGUAAACAGUUGGCGGCGUCGUUCAGCAAUCCAAUCACAUGGUCAUUUCUACCGAUUUUCAAUCAAAAGGCAAACUCAUUGGUUCGGAAUGUGAGUCAGCAUGUUGGCAAAGGCCACUUUGAUAUUAUGCACCUUUCAUCCUGUUGCACCCUGGACAUCGUUUGUGAAUCGGUAUUGGGUACCAAUAUGAAAAUUCAAGACGGAGAAAACCUUGAUUAUAUGGAAGCUCUUGCCGAAUGGUUGUCAGCGGUGGCACGCCGAAUGGUUAAUAUAUUCCUGCACCCAGAUUUUAUCUACAAACUAACGCAAUCCUAUCAAAUCGAAUGCAAUUGGUCGGCACGGUCAUCGGUGAUGCCGAAGAAGAUGAUUUCUGAAAAGAUGAAAGAAUUUUAUGAAAACAAUAAUGUAGAUGCAAUCGACGACGACGAAAAUAACCAAAAGAUAGAACGACCGCAAAUUUUCAUAAAUCGUCUGAUGAAAUUGCACAGCAAAGGAUUGGUUACCGAUCAGGAAAUCCGAGAUCAAGUAGACUUGAUUAUAUUCGGUGGGCAUGAUACGUCCGCAUUUACAGCAGCUGUUACAAUUCUAAUGUUAGCAAUGCACUCGAAGGUUGAACAACGUGUGAUGGACGAAUUGAAUGAUGUGUUGGGAGACCAUCCAGCCGAUGACGAUUUGACAAUGGAUCAAAUCAAUCAAAUGACCUAUUUGGAGCAGGUCAUAAGAGAAACAUUGCGAUUGUAUCCAGUGGCGCCGGUUUUACUUCGACAUUGCACCGAAGAUACUGAAGUUGAGAAUUAUGUGGUUCCAGCAGGCAGUGAAGUUAUUAUAUCAGCAAUCACAGCCCAUCGACGCAAAGAUAUUUGGGGUCCAGAUGCUGAUGAAUUUAAUCCAGACCAUUUUAGCAAGGAAGAGAUGGCAAAACGAAGCCCGUAUGCAUUCAUGGCUUUUAGCAAUGGCACGAGGUAUUGUUUGGGGCAACGAUUUGCUUUCAUUUCGAUUAAGGUCGUGUUGGCGAAAUUGAUACGCAAAUACCGAAUCACAACGCAUUUGGGAAUGGACGAUAUCAAAUUUCGAUUUGAAGUCACAUGCAAACCAAUCAACGGCAUUAUGGUUGAAGUGGAGGAACGAAAAUAGAGUUUUUUCCACUGGAUUUGUUUAAGCUAAAAAAUUAUAAUAUUAUUAAGUUAAAUCUUCAUGUCAUAAAGUAGCACAGAAAUAAAAAUGUUUUUAUUUU